AUCUUUUUUCUUUAAGGGACAUGGCUUGCAGUGUGGCAGGCAUAACUUCUGGUGCUAAUGUUCUGACUAACGAACUAAGGCUCAUUGCUCAAAGGUAUUUAUUACAGUAUCAGGAGCCAAUACCUUGUGAGCAGUUGGUUACAGCACUGUGCGACAUCAAACAAGCUUAUACGCAAUUUGGAGGAAAACGUCCCUUUGGUGUUUCAUUGCUGUACAUUGGCUGGGAUAAGCACUAUGGCUUUCAGCUCUAUCAGAGUGACCCUAGUGGAAAUUGUGGGGGAUGGAAGGCCACAUGCAUUGGAAAUAGCGCUGCGGCUGUGUCAGUGUUGAAACAAGACUACAAAGGAGAAAUGAUGUUGAAGUCAGCACUGGCUUUAGCUAUCAAAGUGCUAAAUAAGACCAUGGAUGUUAGUAAACUCUGUGCUGAGAAAGGUAAUUCAUGUCCUAUCCUUUAAUUCACUCCGUUAGACUGAGUUAGGUUUUAACGUAUUAUCCUAGUUCAUUGAAACAGCAGCCUUAUGAAUUAGGUGAUGUUAUCCCUGUCUUCUCACUGAGGACACUAGGGCUUACUGAGGGCAAGUGAGUUGACCAAGGUCAACAUUGGUAAACUGUGGACACACUGUUCUCAAUACUCACAGAUAGAGAUCCUGUACCGUGCUACUUUUAGUUAACAGUUAUCAAAUCUUCUCAUCAAUGGUAUCUUUGCUUGUGUGUAUGUGUGAUAAAACAUAUGCAUGUAGUUAUAUAUUCGUACAUAGGUUUGGUAUUCUUUACCAGAGAUACAACAUUUACAUGGGUUGUGAUAUCCUCUCCUAUUCUUUUGAA